AUGCUCCCCCGCCUCCCCACCCCGCCCCUCUCCCCCGCCGCCCCCCAGCUCAUCCUCUGUGCAGACGGCGGCGGCAGCAAGGUCUGCGUCGUCGUCCGGAGCGAGGACGGCCUUGAGACAAGAGGGUAUGCCGGGCCCAGUAACGUACAAAGUGUGGGCUACCAAGCCGCCUCGCAAAAUAUCCUCCUGGCGACAUACCGCGCCCUCUCCCUCCUCCCCUCGACGCACAUCCCGCCAUCGCUCGAGAUCCCACCACUGCAAGAUAUCUCGUGUCCCUCUUCGGGCUACGUCUCGCCUGUCCCUCAGGCCAUCGCUCCUGUGCCCGUGGUACCCGUGUCCGCCCCUGCUCCAUCCGCAGCGCUCCCCAUCUCACUCCAGGCAAAUGCCAAGGGUCUGCCGGGCUUACCGACACCGCCGAGCUCUGUUGGAUCGGCUUUGGGCGAACCAAACCUCGCCGCCGCGAUGAACAAUACUCUCGCUCCGCCACUCCCUCCCCCAUCUUCCCGUCCCGGCGCAUCAACCCCUCGCUUACUCCCACCCUUGAACGUGCCCUUGUUCCGUUCAGCCUGGCUAGGGCUUGCCGGGAUCAGCUCCAAGAACGAUGAAGAUACGUUUGGGCGGUACAUUGCAGGAUCCCUUGCCAUGGACGCAGGGAGAGUCAAAAUCAGCAAUGAUGUCAACUUGUUGGCAGCGCCCGCCCUAAAUUUCCCGGGGAUCAGUCACGUCCUCACGCUGGUAGCUGGUACAGGCUCUGUCGGGCGUACCAUCCGGCUCAACUCGCCCACCGCCCCCACCGCCGGGCAGAAGCAAACUCUGCCUUUGGAAGAUGUCGCUGUCGCGAAAGGCUGGGGAUACCUGUUAUGUGACGAAGGCAGCGCCUACUGGCUCGGCCGUCUAUCCAUCCGUCUCCUGCUCUCCCUCUCCGACCGCCUCUCAUCCUCCUCCAUCUACUCUUCCCCGCCUCCGCCUCUUCUCCCGCUGCACCAAGAUCUAUUAGACUAUUUCGGAGUCACCGACCCUCUGGAGCUUAUAGGCCUCGUCUCUCUGGGAGAGGUGGAUAGCUUGGGGAUGAGCGUGGGGGAAGCGGUCGGGAAACGGAAUGCCCUCAUAGCUGGUGCAGCGCGGAUCGUCUUUCGCUAUGCUUUUCCCCACGAUGAACAAGUCGUGAAAGACCGGGAAGACAAAGAUCGGACGAAGAGGGCGGCGGCGGCGGCGGCUUUAGCAGCAGGCAGGGGGAUGAGGGGGUGGGAAGGGGAAGGGGAUGUGGAUUGGAGUGGAAGUGAACGAGGAUCGAUUUCGUCGUCGUCUUCCAUGCUCUCGCUCUCGCCUGAUCCCGAAUCAGCAGACUCGGAAGAAACAAUCCACCAAUCCCACCUCCUCGCCCUCCAACUCUCCCGCCAAUCAUCCCUCCCCCUUAUCCAACUCACCCUCUCGCUCUUUGGCGACCAAUCCAUCGUCCGGCCGUCUUCGUCCUGCUUGGCGCUGGGUGGGGGGCUGAUGAUGAGUGAGGGGUAUAGGGGGAUGUUGUUGGAAGGGCUGGAGAAGGAGGGGGUGAGGGUGGGGAGGGUUGUGGUGGUGGGUGAUGCGGCGGUGGAGGGGGCUAGGGGGUUGGCCAAGGUGCAGUGGGGAUGA